AUGCUCAGCUUUCAGAUGCCAUGCUCUUUCCCCAUGGUCCACUUCAUCCUUUUUGUCUUCACCGCCUCCACCAUCUUUCACCUUCAGCAGCGGAUGGCAAAGCUCCAGUCCACCUGGGAGGCACAGAGGCAGGUCCCAGCAACCACCAGGCGCCACCAACCCAUAAAGAACUCCACCAGCCCCUCAGUCAGGGGUAUGUGGACAAUCAACGCAAUAGGGCGGCUGGGGAACCAGAUGGGCGAGUACGCCACGCUGUACGCGCUGGCCAAGAUGAACGGGCGGCCGGCCUUCAUCCCCGCGCAGAUGCACAACUCGCUGGCGCCCAUCUUCAGGAUCAGCCUGCCGGUGCUGCACGACAGCACGGCCCGCAGCGUCCCGUGGCAGAACUACCCCCUCAACGACUGGAUGGAGGAGCGGUACCGCCACAUCCCGGGGGAAUACGUGCGCCUCACCGGCUACCCCUGCUCCUGGACCUUCUACCACCACCUCCGCGACGAGAUCCUGCGCGAAUUCACUCUGCACGACCACGUGCGUGAGGAGGCGCAGAAGUUCCUGCGUGGCCUGCAGGUGAACGGCAGCCGGCCCGGCACCUUCGUGGGAGUCCACGUGCGCCGUGGCGACUACGUGCACGUCAUGCCCAAUGUAUGGAAGGGCGUGGUGGCCGAUCGCCAUUACCUAGAGCAGGCCCUGGACUGGUUCCGGACUCACUACCACUCCCCCAUCUUCGUGGUCACCAGUAACGGCAUGGCCUGGUGCCGCGAGAACAUUGACGGCUCCCGCGGGGACGUGGUGUUUGCUGGUAAUGGCAUUGAGGGCUCACCUGCCAAGGACUUUGCCCUCCUCAUGCAGUGCAACCACACCAUCAUGACCAUUGGGACCUUCGGGAUCUGGGCCGCCUACCUGGCCGGCGGUAAGACCAUCUAUCUGGCCAAUUACACCCUCCCAGACUCUCCCUUCCUCAAACUCUUUAAGCCAGAGGCAGCCUUCCUGCCAGAGUGGAUGGGUAUCGCAGCAGACCUGUCCCCACUACUCAAGCACUGA